CCAGGCUCUCAGAGGCUGGCAGGCACCUCGUUCCUUUUGAUGACGAUGAAGGUGCUGCUUAUCUGCAUGGCAAGUUGCCUCCUGGUGGUGAAUGGUGGAGACCUCAUCAAUCGCUGUGCCUUGGCCAAGAUACUGCACGAGGAGGACUUGGAUGGGUUUGAGGGCUACUCCCUGACGGACUGGCUGUGCUUGGCUUUUGUGGAAAGCAACUUCAACACAUCAAAGGUGAACGAGAAUGUAGACGGCAGCUUCGACUACGGCAUCUUCCAGAUCAACAGCCAUUACUGGUGCAACGACUACCUGAGUCAUUCAGAGAACUUCUGCCACACGGACUGUGAAGAUAUGCUGGGUCCCAACCUCCUUCCAUCUAUCCACUGUGCGAAAAAGAUUGUGUCUGGAUCAGGAGGGAUGAGAAACUGGGUAGAAUGGAGGUUGCACUGUUCAGAACGGCCGCUCUCCUAUUGGAUGACAGGAUGCCAUCUGGGAUGAACCAGGGUGCAGACCCACUGGAGAGUCACUCCAGAACCCCUCUUCUACUGGGAGAUUCUUCACUACUUCAUCUUCUUGCUUUCACCUCACACUAUUUUCUUCUCUUCCCACUCACAAGUAAAACUGACCAGAGUCCCAGGGGAAAAUGUCUUAUGGAGGUUCCCUGCUUGUGUUCAUCCAGACCCAGUUCCUUUGUUCUUAACUGUC